UUUUUUUAAGAGAGUAAAGAGAAAACUGAAGAGAAGCACAAGCGGAAAAGGCACGUGAGAAGCACGUGGACUGAGCUGGGGCGAGUUAGCGUUUUAGGACUGCAGAGAAGAGAACAACCAGUCUUCGUCCCCAAAAACCCAACUGCCAAAUGCUCGGAUCCAUUAUUUUUCACUCUCUGAAUUUUCCCCCAAUUCUUCAAUUUCCACUCUAGGGUUUUCUGCUCUAACCCCUCUUUUCAAUUCUCGUAAGACACUUUCUCACCAAUCUCCUCGUGAUCAAGAUUCAAGCCCAAGGUUUGUUGAGUAAGGGAGCUUUAAGGAGUUCGUUUUUAUCACUAGAAAAAUGAAUUACUUGAUGGGAGCUUUCAAACCUUCUUGCAACAUAUCAAUCACAUUUAAUGAUGCAAAAACCCGCAAGCAGGUUCCAUUCAAGAAGGAAAAUGGUCAAACAGUGAUGGUCCCACUAUUUCAAAGUCAAGAAAACAUUUCUGGCAAGGUCUCUGUAGAGCCAGUUCCAGGAAAGAAGGUUGAACACAAUGGUAUAAAGGUUGAGCUUCUCGGUCAGAUAGAGAUGUACUUUGACAGAGGCAACUUUUAUGAUUUUACUUCCCUUGUUCGUGAACUGGACAUUCCUGGAGAAAUAUAUGAAAAGAAGACAUUUCCAUUUGAGUUUUCUACAGUAGAAAUGCCUUAUGAGACAUACAAUGGGGUGAAUGUGAGGCUAAGGUAUGUAUUAAAAGUGACAAUUAGCCGUGGUUACACUGGAAGCAUAGUGGAAUACCAGGACUUUAUGGUUCGUAACUACACCCCACCUCCAUCAAUUAACAACAGCAUCAAGAUGGAAGUUGGAAUUGAAGAUUGCCUGCACAUUGAGUUUGAGUACAACAAAAGCAAAUAUCAUCUGAAAGACGUUAUUAUUGGGAAGAUCUACUUUCUUCUAGUAAGAAUUAAGAUUAAAAAUAUGGAUUUGGAAAUCCGGCGUCGAGAGUCUACUGGUUCAGGGACCAAUACACAUGUUGAGACUGAAACGCUAGCUAAGUUCGAAUUGAUGGACGGUGCUCCAGUCAGAGGUGAAUCAAUUCCAAUCAGACUGUUUCUCAGUCCUUACGAACUGACACCAACACAUCGAAAUAUCAACAACAAAUUCAGUGUCAAGUAUUAUCUGAAUCUCGUUCUGGUUGAUGAAGAGGACAGACGGUACUUUAAGCAGCAGGAGAUCACAAUAUACAGGCUGGAAGAAAAUUCCUGAAUACUCAUCCUAAAUGCUAUCAGCAUUCAACUAGUGACACUCUUGUAAAGCCUUGUCUUGAACUUUAGAACAUAUUUUGGUGGUGUGAGCGUCUCGAUUGUUCAGGAGGCGCUGUAAUGGCUUCUCGUUCUUGUUGAUGUCUUGCGGGUUUUUCUUAUUUCGCAUAUGGUUGCAAAAUUGUGUAAAUGGGGCGAUGCAGAGAAGCAGGAGAGUCUUGCCUAUUUGAUUUUGUGUUUAAAAAAGGUGUUAAAACAUUGAUAGGAUGCUCAACUUUUGAGUUUUGAUUUACCAUGGCAGGAUGAUAAUAGGAAGAAAUUCUAUUUCUUUUACCUUUUUCUUGAAUAACUGGUGCUUUUCUAUAUUUUGAAAGUAAACUAGACACUGUAAACAAUGAAUACUUGUGGGGUCUCUCUUGGGAAUUUAUGAUGACUGCUUUAUAUA